AUGGCUAAUGCAGCUUCUACACCAGGAGUGAUAGCAAGGUUGAUGGGGUUAGAUUCAAUGCCAAGUAAUUCCAACUUGGAAUUUAAAAAAACCAUCCCAGAUUCUGAAUUUGUGGAUUACAUGUUGGAGUUUGAUAAUGCAAGCCAAUCCAACCAUCGUCGAGCGAAAAUCUCGGCUUCAUUCAGGGAGGUUUCUGAAUUAUUUCGGCACAAGAACCGCCGCGAAGUUCUUGUGCUGUGUUGGGAUAGUGGAAGAGGAGAUAGUAAUGAUGAAAAGAAGAGCAGGAAAUUUUGCAAGCUGAAAAAUGAGCCUAGAAUUGUAAAAAAUGGUUGUUCUUCAAAGGUUAGAAGAAGUUACAAAGAUGCCAAUUGCAUUUACAGAAAGAGUGAUUGUGGGUCAUGGUCAAGCACUAAAUUGAAAAAUAAGCAGAUUGAAGAACUCUUUGAAUUAAAGCAAAUGAAAAAUAUGAGAAAGCAAUGGUCACUAAAGAAGAUAGAGAGUGAAUAUAGCCCAGUUUCAGUCCUAGACAUCAAUGACUAUAAAUACCUCUAUGGACCUGAUUUUCUAGAUUAUUCAAACCCCUUAAUGUCACCAACAAUAUGGGAAUCUUCAGAGAAAAAGUUGCUGGCUGAUGAAAUUGAAGAUAGAGCAAUGAAGAACAAAGGCUACUUCUCAGAAUUAGAGAUGAAGAUUUGCAACUUAAUUGAAAAUGAUAUGAAAGAGUUACAUUUCACACAAAAGGGUAUAUGUGAGACUAAAAGGUUUGAGGAGAUUUGUUUGGUGUAUGAGCAUCACAUUUUUAACUCUUUGCUACAUGAAAUUGUGAAUGAACUUGUAGAAACAUUCUAG